GGGGGUGUCUGGGUUGGAGGAAAAGAAAAGGCUCCUGCUGCAUUAAUUCGUAAAGCUGUUUGUGCAGCUAUUGAUGGAAACUAUGAGAUGGAAAUCUGGGGUUCCGGAAAUCAGCGUCGCAGUUUUUUGUAUAUCGAAGAUUGCGUUGAUGCUACCAUUAAGUUAAUGGAAAGCGAAUAUUCUAGACCAUUAAAUAUCGGAUCUGAGGAUGCCAUUACUAUAAAGGAAUUGGGCUAUAUCGCUUUUGAAACCGUUGGGAUUAAACGUGACCAA